CAGAGGUGUUGUUGGCCGAAGUUGUUGGCGCAAGAUGUCCCUAGAUGGGGAAUUUGAAAAUGGUUCACGAACGACACCACGAGAUGGAAAAGUGACGACGGUUGUUGGAUUCAACAGCUUCAUAACCUCACGAAACUUCUCGCGUAUAGUCGAGAGAGCGGCAGCGUACAAUAAGUAGCAAGCAGCCUUCUUGGUGCCAACUCCAACGGCCAACAUCAUAACCUCUUGGUACUACAGUUUAUUCCACUCGAGACUCCCAACACAAACUCCUCACAACGUGGUCGAGCAUGGCGAUACCACCGCAGAAAACAGCACUGGUUACAGGGUAAAUACACCAUCCUCCUUUAAAACUUCUAGCUACAACCAAAAAGGCUCUGACAUCCAUAUAGCUGCACCCCAGGUGGAAUCGGAAAUGCACUAGCCAGAGAACUCCACUCCCGCGGCCUGUUCGUCUUCGCCACAGCACGAACACUCGAGAAAAUCACAGAUCUAAAGGAAUUAGGCAUAGAAUGUUUGCAUCUCAUAGUAGACGACACCGAAAGCGUCAAAGCCUGCCAUGAAAAAGCGGUACAGAUACUUAAUGGAAGGGGUCUCGACUUCCUCAUCAAUAACGCUGGGAAAAGUAUCCACAUCCUCACCACGAUCUCUCUUACCUGCUAAAUUGCUAACACCAACCACCCAGCAAUCGUCCGCCCCGCAAUCGAAAUCAACAUGUCAGAAGCUCAAUCCCUAUUCGCAACCAACAUCCUCGGCAUCAUGCACCUAACCCAAACCUUCUCCCCUCAUCUCCUCCUCGCAAAAGGAACCAUCGUCAACAUCGGCUCGGUAGCAGGGCACACCCCCUCCCCUUCAACGGCGUCUACAGCGCGACCAAAGCCGCGCUGUACGCCUACAGCGCGUGUAUGCGUGUCGAACUCGCGCCCUUUGGUGUACACGUUGUGUAUGUGCAAACCGGCAAUGUAAGGACGGGGAUUAUGCAAGCGGGAACGAGGUUAGGGGACGGGAGUGUUUUUUUGCCGGUUGAGGAUGGGUUUUUGGAACGUCAGGGGAUUGCGGCGAGGACGGGGAUGGAGCCGGGGGUUUUUGCGG